AUGGCCCGUUUCAGUCUGUCAUUCCUCGCUGUGUUCCUGGUUCUGGCGGUCAUCGCUAUGUCGCUGCCCACUAAGCGCGAUACUCAAGCCCCAGGUGAUGCACUGGGUCUCGAAAGCACCCUUGGAGAAUUGGGGUCUGUCACCAAGCUGAUGGAUGGCCUCGAGAACAAGGAUGCCAACGACGAGAAGAAGCAAGCUACACCUGCACCUCCUGCUGCGCCAGCUCCCAAUGACCUUACCAAGAGUAACACGAUAGUUGAUACGCAGGAUAAGCAUGCUUCCGCUGAGCCAACCCGUACUGAGCAGAAGUUGUCUUCCGGAAACUUCGCAACACCUACCGCUACCCACACCACUCACCCUACCUCCGAGGCUAACGGACUGGGCAAGAUCCCCGUUGUUGGUGGCCUCCUUGGUGGCACCGGUGCUCUGUAA